AUGUUGAACACUGUAAUCGAAGGGUAUAACACCCUAAUGAACGAUUACAGUGACAAAAGGGUUAAUGAUUGGUUCCUUAUGAGCAGUCCCUUACCUACCAUGAUCAUGUGCCUGACAUAUGCGUUCAUCGUAAAGAUUUUGGGACCAAGGUUGAUGAGAGACCGCAAACCUUUCCAACUGCGAAAAACAUUAAUCGUUUAUAAUUUACUGCAAGUCAUAUUCUCCUCGUGGAUCUUCUUCGAAGCGUGGGACGGUGCAUGGGGCAACGGUUACAGUCUUCGAUGCGAACCUGUCGAUUACUCCACAUCCCCGGCCGCCAUGAGAAUAGCUCGAGGUUGCUGGUGGUACUACUUUUCUAAAUUCACGGAAUUCUUCGAUACCUUCUUUUUCGUUAUGCGCAAGAAAUACGAUCAAGUAUCCACCCUGCACGUCAUCCACCACGGAAUCAUGCCGAUGAGCGUGUGGUUCGGCGUCAAGUUCACACCCGGCGGUCACAGCACGUUCUUCGGACUUCUCAACACGUUCGUGCACAUCAUCAUGUACUCGUACUACAUGUUGGCUGCAAUUGGUCCUCAAAUGCAGAAGUACCUCUGGUGGAAGAAAUACUUGACUGUGCUCCAAAUGGUCCAAUUCAUUAUGGUGUUCAUCCAUGCGUCCCAGUUGCUGUUCACUGAGUGCGAUUACCCGAAGGCAUUCGCUUGGAUCAUCUUGAUGCACGCCGUCAUGUUCUACUUCCUGUUCUACAACUUCUACCAACAAUCGUACAAGAAAAGGGAGGAUAAGAAGAAGGUGGCUCAAAAGAAGAAGGACGACGACGACCGGGCACACAACCGGCCUGUGGACUUGCCGGUACCUGCGUCAAACCAAAACAAAUCUUUCUGGUCCAACCUGACGUCAACGCCGUGCUUCCUGCCCGCUGUCACGGACACCGAUGGCAGCGACGAGAUGUACUCGCGACCACCUGUCAACGGAGCGGCUUGCAGCGCGUUCAUGUCUGACGAUUCGUUUCGCAAUAGGGCGUUCGUGUCCAAGUCGGCAAACGCGUGA